GACAGUCAGGCACGUUGGAGAGGCACAACGGAGACUGGGGCGCACGAGAGACGGAGAGCUGGAAUUGCAGAGGCAGAGACGCACGGGCGCACGGUCGAUUUUCGCCUCCCGCAUACUGGGGAGUCCCGCGCCUGUCACCAAAACCGGAGCACCGGGCUCGAGUGCGGUUGUGUCAGCGCCUUAACUGGGAAGAAAACUGUGAAGCAACGUCCCUGCUCCUUAUUUUUGAAAGCUUUUCCCUUUUUUGCUCUUUUGCUUUCCCAUCUUUUGUGGGUGCAGAUAUCGAUGUGAGCCAGAGGAGCGGUUUUCUCCGUUGACGGUGGCGCGCGACGGCGGGAGGAGACAGCGCUUGAACAUUGAUGUGGGAGGACUGUCUCCCUCCGACGCGGGGAGCGCAGAUGACGGGGGAAUGCUGCUCGCGGACGGCCGCAGCCGCCGAGGCAACCGCUCCGUGACCCGGGCGAGAAGAGGAGCGAGCCCCCGCCACCGACAGCCGCGCGAGCCGCCAGCCCCGCCAGCCCCGCCAGCCAGCGUCAACUCCGCAGCAGCAGGCAGCGCGAGCCCCUAGACUCCGUCUCUCUCCACCGCAACCAUGGACAAAAGACAGGAGCAGAGGGGAGAGAGAGAAGUAUGUGAGCUCUCCACUGCAGUAUUGAUGACCCAAUGAUCCCCUGCAGAACAGAGCCAGUCAGGCAGACAGAGUGAGGCUCAACUCAGAAUCAAAAUCAGAAUCAGCCCCACGACCAUUCGGUAAAAGCAACCAAUUGAGCAGGAUAUGAAUGGUGUUUGAAUCUUCUUGCCAGCUGUUAGAGGAGGACAGCAACAAAGAAGAGAUACUCAUUUGCAUACAGUUGAAAACAUCCUUCUUUUUCCUGCCUCAGUACCAGCAAAACUGUGCACUGAAUGAGUGGCUUGUCGGAUCACCUACACACAGGCCAAACUGGGGCUCCAGUGGGCUGUGGUGAAUCUCAGGCAGAGGAGAAAGGGUGCAUCGCUGACCUGGAGGGGCUGGAGGGGCUGGAGGGGCCCGAGUUCUGGACCAGGGAGCUCGGGCUCCAGGGGGUGUUCCAGGACCCUUCUCAAGAUGGACUGGCACUGGUGACCUCCGACCACAUCCCCCCCUCCUCUCCCUCCGCCCUGGCCAACGGCCUCCAUCUACAGAGAAGGCUGGGCCACAGCACCUGCCGGCGGAGGCAGACAGAGACUCACACCACCGAGACACACACAUUUGCAGAGACACUUAGAAACAUGCAAACACACAUAGACCCAAAUGUGCAUGCACACUCCUUUUCACACGCACAUAUGGAUAUCAACACACAUACAGGUUCUGUAGGGCCAGAACUCUCUAAAACUCUCACAUCAGAAGCCAUGCACACAGCUUCACCUCAGCCCUUGUCUUUGGCACUUGGCAAUCACUCUGCCUCCACCAAUCAGCUAGCAGCCCCAGUCCGGACUACAGAGACAGACACGCCCUCCCCCUUUUGUCCAGUCCCUGCUGUCCCAAACCCAAACGCAGACUCCUCUCCUCUUCCUGUGGAGACAGAAAAGAAGUAUGCACUGCGCAGCUCUGGACGUCCCCGCUUUCCUUGUCACCUGCGCAAAUCCUCUCGCCUCCGCCGAAGCAUAGAGGAUGGAGAGAAAAGAGCAGGGAGGGAAAAGGGAGAGGAGGAUGACGAAGUAUUAGAGGAGAAGAUCUUCACUGUUAAAGAGGAGGAGGUGGCUGUUGGAGAUAAAGAAGAGCAUUCCACUGUGGAAGCUGUUCUCCCCACACCCACCUGCCAUACAGACAUUCCUCUUGCUCUAACUGUACCUAAACCUGUUCCUAAAGCUAUUCCUAAACCUGGGCCCAGACUUGGGCAUAGACCUGGACCGAAAUCCAGGUCUAGGCCCGGACCCAAAUCUGUCCAUAAAGCAGGUCCUAAAAGUGUGAUGAAACAGCGCCAGGCAGCCCAGGCCCUCCAACAACGUGCUACCAGUCAUCUGCCUUUUGUGAAUACAUCCACCAUCCCUGCACCUCUGCUAACUAUGAAGGAGGAACCUGUUGCAGAGUUGGGGUUAUGUCCUCCCAGUAACCGCAGACGUGGUCGCUUUGUUGGCGUGAGGAGGAUUGUGGUCAAAGUGGCUCGCAUUCCUGUCAGCCUUAGUCGCCGACAGAAAAGCUACAAAAUUUCUAAUUUGGAGACAGUCACGGGGACAGAGAAAGUUAAUGAUGGCAGUGUGGAGGGCUCAGAGGCAGUUCGAGAGCCAACUGCACUUCUCCGCAUGAAAAACAAUGGGAAAAGUGUGAUGGUGAUGUUCCCUCCGGGAGAGCUCCCUGUUAUUCUCAAACGCAGACGUGGACGACCUCCUAAACAGCCUCUGCCAGGAAUACAGGGGGAGCCUCAGAAUGCUGUGAACCCUGGUGGUAACGGAGACCAGCCCAAAAAGCCCCGGAGGCGCCGUCGGACUAAACUCCCUUUUCCUUAUCCGUCCUAUGUUAAUGACACAAAUGAUGUGAAAACAGAAUAUGGGGAUGUUCUCUCCAAACUGGCCUUUUUAAACCGACAGCCUCCUGCCACUGGCCGCUGUUCUCCCCCUCGCUGCUGGACACCUAGUGAGCCAGAAAGCUUUCACACGCCUUUGGAAAACCCUGGCAUAUCCACCCUGCUCCACCGGCUCACGGGGUUUAGACGCCCCCGGGGUGGCAGAGGAGGGGGCGUUGGAAGAGGUGGAGGAGCAGCAGGGGGCAUUGGGGGCACUGAGUGCAAUAAGAGCACCUUCAGUGACUUCUUUGAAUCCAUUGGAAAAAAGCGGAAACUGAGCCCCCUGUCUGAGCAUGGAUUACCUAGGAAAAGGGGGAAGGGUGCGGGUGGAGUUGGUAGGGGAGGAGGUAUGGUAGGAACAGAGCCUGGGGGUGAGAAAGUCAGGAAGAAACGUAUCAGAAAAAAUGGUGCUUUUAAAGGGGGCGGGAUGUCCAUGGGGCAGGACUGGCCUAAUGGGGCAGGUGGCUGGGGGGAGGAGGGGGCUAUGAACAAGGAGAAAGGUUUUGGUGGGUAUCAACUCUGUGGAUCUCCGAGGGGGGGUUUUUCCUCCUGUGAGAUGGGGAGAGGGGGCGCCUACAGCAGUUCAGGAGGAAAUAGAAGGGUGGGGCCAGCUGGCGAAGACUCACAAGGCCUAUUUGCUGGUUAUUUUCGAUCACUGCUCGACUCUGAUGAUUCAUCAGACCUGUUGGACAUCUCCUCCCAGUCAGACCACCGCAAAGCUUCAUCCACUCCUGGUUAUGAGUCAUCCAGCCCAGCUACCAGUCACAGCUGGUCUCCUGCAUUCCCUAAGUGGAGCUCUAAAGGUGGAAGCUCUGGUGUGGAGGGCCCAGCCCAGACGCAUGGCUCCUCCACCAGGCCUCCAUACAGCUACGGUAGCCUGGCCCAAACAUCUCCCACCACUUCUGCCUAUCCUAAAUCCACUCCUCCAUCUCUCUCACACUCUCCCAGCUCCCCACACCCUGCCUCUUAUGGCCACUACUCCUCUGGCUACUCCUGCUCUUCUCCUGCAGUGCCACAGAGAUCCUCAGACUGCAGCUUUGCCUAUGGGUCUGGUCACAGCAGUGGAAAGGCCACCCCUGUUGGUCAGAUGGGCUAUUCUAGCUAUCAGGCGUCAGCCAAGCGGGCCUUCAGUGGAUAUCCUGGAGCAAGGGGGGAGUCAACAGGACCCACAUCACCGGGAGGCGGGUAUAUGUCUGUGGCCAAAAGUAGCCCCUUCAGUUCCUCCUCCUCAGAGGGUUACAAACAGUUCUCCAGUCAGUGGAACUUCAGACAUGGUUAUGGCGGCUGGUCAGCAGAAGGCUUUGGGCCUCAGUAUCAUGGCUAUGGUGAAUACGGCUCCAAUGAGUCCAAAGACAUCUUGGAUAUCUCAAACUACACCCCCCAGAAGGCCAAGCGACAGCCAUUUCCUGAAAGCUUAUCAGAAUCCUCUUCUGACUCUUCACAUCUUGGCUCUGCAGCUCCUGGUUGUGGUCCUGGCUCCACAGGUGGCAUAUACAAACAGAAUGAGACUGUAUCUGCCACUGGGGAGGGGGGUCAAUCAAGUCUGUCCAGCCUGGAGAAACUGAUGAUGGAUUGGCAUGAGAGUGCAUCAGGACCUUCAUAUAACUGGAGCCAGAACGUCCUGUUCCAGGGAGGGGGAACCAGCAAACCCGGCCGUGGUCGCAGGAAACGGACUGAACCACAUUCUGAUAAAGAUGGGGGUUCUGGUUUACAUUCUGAUUCCCCAUCCAGUCCUUCCCCAACACCUACUCCUGGGCCAAAGCGGGGAGGGGUUGGAGGGCGGGGCAGAGGGUCUAGAGGGGGCAGAGGAGGUCUGUCUCCCUGUCAGAGAGAGCGUCCAUCGGGGCCUAAAGGCAGAGGCAAAGCUGCAUCAGUAGUGGGACAUGUGUCUGCUGGAGGUCCAGACGGGUCUGGGCUGUUCCAGGAGGGGCUGGAUUAUUACAGCGGAGACAGUAGCAGCCUCUCUCCCCUGGCCACACCUAAUCCUGCACCGCCUUCCAGCUACCUCCAGGACCCCUGUGAGUACCCCUCCCCUUAUUCUGCCCACCCGUCCACACCUUCUUCAGAGGAGCGAUAUCCAGCCUUAUACCCUGGAGAGUCCUCCUCUUCCCUCUCACCCAGUGUCUCAUCUCCCCCUUACCCCCCUAAGCCCACCCCUCCACCGCCCCAGUCGUACCACCUCGCCCCCUCUAGGACCUUCUCCCCCUCUUGCUCCCCAUCACCACGGUUAACACCCCACUGCGGCACUGCACUGAGUCCCUCGCACCGUCCUCCUCCAAAAGACCCACAGUUUUCACAGUACGACUCCCCCAGCUACUGCAGCUCCCCCUACUGGUACGGACAGACGUCGCACAGCGGCAGCCCCAGCCCGCACUCGCACAGCACGCACUCAAACACAGCCAUGCACGCGCACAGCAACCCGCACACAAGCCCUCAUGGAAAUUCGCAUGGGAAUUCACUCACUAGCCCCAAUGCAAAUACACACAUGACCCCAGCUCCCCUCGACACACAUCCUCAUAACACGCAGCCCCACGCAAACCUGAGCUCACACACCACCACACAUCCCACCUCACACCUCCAGAGCAACCCCCUCUCCCACUCAAACCCCCACACCAACAAUCAGCCCCACCACAAUGCACACACCAACCUUAACGCCCACCUCCCUUCCCACACGCACUCCAACCCCAGCCCCAGCCUCCUCUCCCACUCAACGCCUGUGCUUUACGAGGAACGCAGCCCUCCCUCCGCCAUGACCCACCACAAGCGGGAUCUGACCCCCCACACCAUGAGCACAGGCCUCCGCCAGGGCCCCUUGCCUCACUCCCCUUACCCCAAACCUCCCCUGGACUCCUCGCCCCAUCAGGAGGACACUAGUGGCUACUCCCUGCCCCAGCAAUCCUACCAGGGCAUGGGACUCCGCUACCCAUCCCAGGCGGCUCAGGCUAGUGGGGUGCUGUGCCAGCUCCUGGACCCAGCCAAUGAAGACAGCUUCAGUGUCACCAGCCUGUAACAGCAGGUGCAUUCAAUCCAAGCUUUUACAGAUUUGCAAACAUUUCUUUUUUUCUUUUCUAAGGGGACUUCUUUGUGAGAGACUGUGAAUUGAAGGGUGAGAAUUUAGCUGCCAGCUUUGGACAGUAAAGCUUUAAUUCUCCAGCAUUGACAAUCAAGAUCAAUCGCAACUUACAUACCCGAGCAUGCACAUACACAAAUGCGCACACACACAAAAACAGACACGCAUGUGCAGAUAAGUCCACUACCUAAACACAAACACAUAAAACCAUACAUGUGCACACUCACUCACACUCUGCGCUGGAACGAGGGAAUGGCCAAGAGGAGCUGACAGAUGAAUACCAGACGCUCACGGACAGAGACAAACCUAUUUCCUCAUCCCUUUGAGUCCCGCUGUGAUACAUCUCGCCAAAUCUUUCCGGCUCUGUUCUGUACAUCUGCAAUAUAGAAAAACUAGGAUCACACGCCUCUCUCUCUCUCUCUCUUUGUUUAUUUUCUCUGUUUACCCCAACCUUCCUUUCCUCUGCUAAACCAGCAACCGUGAUCCGCACUGAACUCACUAACCUGGCAUUUCUGUCUUGUGCCCUAACAUGAACCGCAUCUGAGCCCAAAUCAACUUUUUAAAUACCAUGAGCCUAGCAAAAUGUCCCGCUCUGUGCACUCCUUGUGUUGUGUCCCAUAAGAGAAAAAGUGGACUAAAUCAGUUUCUGCUCUUGAAAUACCAGCAUCUGUACAUAUGACUCCAGCUCCAAGCCAGGGGGCCUCUCUUCUCUCCGAAGGCCCGUCAUCGACUUGCCCUCCUCUGCGUUCUGCCAUGGUUUCUCUGCUCUGGGGUGGGGGGGGACUGCAGCAUGGAGACUCAACAUCCUGUGUUUUGCUGUUUUAACUACAAGGGAAAGAGACAUUGAAAUUACACAAUGGCCCCAAAGAGACUCUUGUUUUCUGUGUGCGAGUGUGAGACAGAGGGUGCAUUCGCGUGACAGCAGUAAUGCAUGUAUUUGUGUGUACGUGUGCAUAUAUGUGUGCAUAUGAGUGUGUGUGCGUGCCUGUGGGGUCAAAAGGAGUGAAGCUCCCCAGACACAAAAGUCUUGGCGGGGCCUCAUUCUUUCUUUCACUCUCUCCCUUCUUUUUCUGUGGUCUUGUGUUGUUUGGUGGUUUUUGUGAUGAAAAAAAUUGUAUAUCUGUCUGUUACAUAUCAUGUAUGUAUCUGAGGUGCAAAAUAUUUAAAUACACAUUCUGUUCUUGCCAUUGGUAA